AUGCUGCAGAAUGCAUCUCUUGCAAGGCUGAAAUGGCAGCGAGGAUUAAUGCCUUCUCUUCUGCAUGCUGUGCUCCGAAUCCAUUAUACACUGUUGUCAGUAUGUAAAUACUCUGUCUGACAUAACAUACUGCACCUCCUGUCUCUCACUUUCAUAUCUAAACAUUGCAUCGUCAUUUUACAGCCCGCAUCAUCUCAUGCAAAAUACCAGCUUAAGGGGAAAAAAAAAAAAGAAUAAUAACCAUAGACUGUGAAAGGCUGCGUGAUCAUAUCAUUCUUGCUUUUAAUCCUGUCCUGUGUUCACCAGGCUAAAUAAUUUAUGCUGUAUUGUUAAUUAAUGUGAAUAUCAAAUUAAAGCGAUUGGAAACUAAUAUGCUUGCAAUGCAGGUAGGAGGAAUGGAAAAAAUCUAUUUUUAACUCCUGCAUAGCACUGUAGUGUGCCUCUUGUAUGCGGAAGUUAUGGGUAAACGGUUGGUUCUCCAGGGGAACAGAGAAGUGGCCCUUUGCAGUGGUCAGUCCUGCCGUUAUUUAUACAAAGCUGCGGAUCAAUGGGACACAGCAUGAGGAAAACCCGGAGGUGGAUUAUCAUUGCUUCCAGGAUCCGUUCCCCGAUGGAAAAUCCACUUCUCACGAAUGUCAGCCGUCCGAGCUGCUCUACAGCUGAUUUUACCAACGACAGCUCUUCAUACCCAUGAAGCGUGGACCGAAUAAAAAAAAAGGGGGUUUAUUUUUUAAUUCUUUCAUAACUGUGCGACACGCAGGAAGACUGAAAGUAUUUUAUGUGUUAACAGUCCCUUAAAUGGUUUACAGAGGGCACGGCAGCUCUGUCAUCCGAACAGAGAAGAGAAGACCCAGGAGUGGCUGUUCCUGCCAUGUGCCGGGCUGUAUGCGCGCUCCUGGAUGCGGCCGAACAGCAGCAAUUCCUAUACAUUCGCUUGCCAUGUCCCGCCCACUUCCUCCCCUCGCACAGUGCUCUGAACUGAGCUACCGAAGAGGAGAGAAAAAAGAUUUCCAUGCCUAAAUCAGAAUGUGUACUUCAGAAGAACUAGAAGAUAGUCUUCAUGGAGAGAGUCUUCUCUGCAGCCUAAAUGAGCAGCGUAUGCAAGGUUUCUUGUGUGACGUCACCAUUGUGGUUGAAGACACCAAGUUCAAGGCACAUAGGAAUAUAUUGGCUGCCUCAAGUCUCUAUUUUAGGAAUCAGUUCCGGAGCCAGAGUAUCCUAAUACAAGGACAUGUCUUGGAACUCACAGAUUUUAAAGCUGACACGUUUACAGAGAUACUGAAUUUUAUUUACAGCUCUAAGAUUGCGGUGAAGAAAAAGGAGACACUUACUGAUCUUGCAGAUGCAGGUAAAAAACUGGGCAUUACAUUUUUAGAAAAUAUCAAAACUUCCAAGAAAUGUUCCUCUGUCACAUGCUCAACAGAAACUGAGGGAACCUUACCACCUGCAUUUUAUCGAGGAGAGAAUGGUUUGAAAUCAGAAGCUGUAGAUAAAAAGGGAGAUGAUCCUGCGGUUGCUAGUGGACCAAGAAUAACCAAUGCAUUUUCCAUUCUUGAAACCGAAGUCAAUGGAUUUUCACCUCUUGACUUGCGAGCAAAUUUUAGGAAAACUAAUGGCCCUUCUGAAGAAGAGAAUGAUAAAAGUAACUGUGAUAAUGGGGUUUGCAGUGAUGGGGAACCGGUUAACACCUUGGCAGAGCAUUCCUAUGCAGUGUCUCCUGGGGAUGCACCAUACAAGAGAGACUCUGUGUUUGAUCAUAGCAGUAAGCUAAAUCAUUUAGGGAAUGGUGAAGGCACCACACCCAGCACAGCUCCAAAUGUUUCAGAACCAUCUUCAGCUGGUAAUAUGCCUGUGCUGGAACCUCAGUGUUUUAUGCCCCAAACUGUAGUUCAAAGCAGUUCUUCAAAGACUAAUGUAAGUUGCUCAACAGACCAAACAGCCAAGCCUUCUGAUUUCUUUAGCCAAAGGGAAAAUGAAAAUAUCUUACUGCCACUUCCUCCAAGUAACCCACCUGUUUCUCAGUCCUUCUGUGAAAAUGCACUUUAUCCGCUUCCUAAAAGGCCUCAUGAGACAUUUAGCUGCAAGAACUGCAGCAAAGAGUUUGCACAUUUCAAACGCCUACAGAGACAUGAACAAAUCUGUUUCAAAGUGGUCCACACUGAAAAAGAAAUGAGGUUACCUAAUAGCCUUUCGCAGGUUUCCUCAGCAGAUGGAACAUCUGACCAGAAUGGCAUUCCCCAUGGCUCUUCAACUUCAUCAGAUCAUUUUGUUAAGAUAGUGGAUGGUAAAAUAUUCUAUGUAUGCAUUGUGUGCAAGAGAAAUUAUGUUACACUUUCAAGUCUUCGACGUCAUUCUAAUGUCCACUCCUGGAGGAAAUCAUAUCCUUGCCAUUACUGCAGCAAAGUUUUUGCCUUAGCAGAAUAUCGAACUAAACAUGAAAUUUGGCAUACAGGGGAUCGGCGAUAUCAAUGCAUAUUCUGCCUAGAAACAUUUAUGACUUACUACAUUCUUAAAAAUCAUCAAAAAUCUUCUCAUGGGAUUGAUCCGAGAUUAGGUGUUGGCAGUAAAGCAAAUAAUAGAGGUCUAAAAUCUAGUAUCUAUCCUUACAAACUAUAUCGACUUUUGCCAAUGAAGUGUAGAAGAGCAUCACUAAAUAACUCGGGCAAUGACUCCACAGAACACGCUAGCAUCCACUUCCAAGGACAGAGUUCAUUUAACAUGGCCACUGUGGUUCAAAAUCCAAUAAUAUCUCAAACGUUCCCUUUGGAAAACCAGGAAAGCUUUUCUUGUACACUAGACCCAGCAUCACAAAAUACUACAACUACAAACCAGGACCCUUGGCCAUUUAACAUAAUUCAGUGCGAUAAAAAUGCAGAUGUUUUACCGUCUCUGAACUCAAGCUCUUCCAAUGAAGAUUUAGACUCCAAGCCAAAAGAGGCUGAUAGUGAAACCUGUCCUUCUUAUUCUGAUAGCUCAAAUAUUCCUUCUGUUAUUAACACUACCAAGUCAGCACCUUCUGUGAUUAUGCACAGCAGUAGGGUAUCUUCUGUGAUAAUGCAUGGAAACUCUGUGACCGCAGGUACAACAACAAAUGGAAUUGGAUGGAAUCACAGUAGGACCAUUGUAUCACCAGAAAGAGAAGAUACUUAUCAGGGAAACAAUGUUGAAACUACACAGACAAAGCCCACAAGUGAGGAAGAGCAGCCAGAAAAGAGCAGAUCGGGAGAAUCAUACCAGGAGAGGCGAGAACUUGUACAACCUGCCUCUUCACAUAAAAAGAACAAAAGUGUUAUUCGGGAAGGACAUAAAACAGAAACAUACAUAGCUAAACCGGCAUUACCCGGAACACUAGUAAACAGUGGAAUUGCUCCUUUUUGCCAGAUCACAGUCAAAAUUGGAAGCGAAGCUUUAGUAAAAAGACAGAUUUCUGGUUCUUCUCUGUUUUUCAGGAAAAAUGGAAGACCAAGGUAUUCUGAGUCUAAAGCAGAGAAAGCUAGGCAAGAAUCUGAUGAGGACAAGAAAGAAAGGAGCUCCAUUCGACUUCGUAAAUCAGAAUGCAUUCAAAUGGAAGAGAUGUGUGAUGAUGCCAGUGACCAGGAUGUGUCCGACAAACCCUGGCGACCUUACUAUAACUACAAACCCAAAAAGAAAUCUAAGCACUUUAAGAAAUUUAGGAAACUUAAGAAAAAGAAAAAACACAGUAGACCUAGAGAUAUUGAGGAAGAUGUAAUUGAAGUAGAGAAGGAUGUCAGUGAAGUGGACAUGAAAUGCUCUUCUGAGGAUGGUAAAGAUCCAGAAGAUGAGCAGGAGAAACCUUUGGAGAUUGAAGACCAAUUUAAAGACCAUGAGAAGACGGACAGAGUGGAACUUGCAACUGCACAGUGGCAGCUGGACAGCAAGCUUUCUUUUUGUGAACUGUGUCAAAAAUCCUUUCGGAAUCCUUCAACAUUAAAAGUGCACAUGCGCUGCCACACUGGGGAAAAGCCCUUUCCCUGCAAGACAUGUGGAAAGUGUUUCUCCUUCCCUGGAAGUUUAAACAAACAUGAACGCAUCCACCAGACUGAAAAGAACUUUACGUGUCAGUACUGCAGCAAGACAUUCAUGUUACGUGAAACUCUGAAAAAACACGAGAGGAUUCAUACUAGAGAAAAAACUUAUGACUGUCAGUUUUGCUCCCAGCAAUUCCUCUACCUUUGUACAAAAAAGAACCAUGAGCAAAAACAUUUAGCAGAACAGGGUGUUAAAGGGUUUGUUUGUCUCCAUUGUUCUAAAGUCUGCAAAACUGCUGCAGCUCUUGGGAUGCACCAAAAAAAGCACUAUCUCAAAGGCCUAAAGCAUAAAGAGCGCAAAGACUUUUCACGCUCUACGGACGAAAUAGCAGGCUGGAGUAAUGUUGCCAGUAGUACUAGCAAAGAAACCAAUAUUGUUAAGGAGAGAAGUUCCCUGAAUGUGCCUGAAAGUUUUCCUCCUGCCUUUGAUGACUGCGAGUCUCCAUUGUUGUCUUUUAACAACAGUGUUACAGAAGUAAUGCCCCAGAAUGUUAAUGCUGCAAGUCUUGUGGAGAAUGUAAAUGAAAUCAGAGAGAGCAAUAGUCAUUUCAUGACUCCAGCGCCACCUCCAGCUGGAUUAGGCAACAACGUUCUGAUCGAGGCCCCGAGGGGCUGGAAGCACUGGAAAACAAGACAGUACAACUUAGAAGAAAGCAUGAACUCUGAUCAUUCAUCUUUGAAAGAGAGUACAAAGACUUUUACAGAAUUAAAAACAAUGACUAAUUUUGAGACCCCAUUUGUCCCGUAAAAGAUUAAGAUGGGACACUUCAAAAUAAGCAGUGCAACUAUUUUGUUAACCCCCUUGCUACCACAGCAACAAUGGUUAAGACAGUCAAAGUUAAUAAAAAGUUAAGUGUUAAUAGUUGUUCUUUUUCCUUAGCUGUACAUCAACGCACCAGUCCUGUGUAGAAAAAAAAACAGCUUAUAAUGUGAUUUAUAGAGCAGUUUGCCAGGUACCACCUUCUGUGCAGAUGAAAGUAUAAUAUAAGUUUAUUAAAGCAGCAGUCACUGUGUUUUUCCACAUACAUGUGGUGGGUCCAUAAAAGCCCAUAGAAGUUCCCCUUCCUCUUUUACAUUGUAAACCACAUUGGGGGUUUCCAUGUUCCCUGUUAUGUAAAAGUUAUGUGACAUUUAAUCGGAUAGAGAUGACUGUAGCCCCAAAACAAAAUGACAGCACUUUCCUGUAAGUUCCUCCUGACCGUCCAUCUCAUCCUGAUGUCGUAGUGCUGUUAUGUUUAGGAUACAAUUGUGUGGACUGCUUCUUUUAAUACCGUAUAUUAUGCUACAUUUAGUAUAAACUGUACAGUAUAUUUUAUAUUGUAUUUAGUGUAUUAUUUAGGAAACAGCUCACUUCAGCCGGGACUAAAGAAAGAACUAUGUGUAUCUUCAAAAUCUGAAUCACACAUAAUAUGUUAUAGUGAAUUAUACUGUUAACACAAAGUAACUGCUUGUCAUUGUUUCGUUAUAAGAUGCUUUGUUUAGACUAUAACAUUCUACGGUGUUGUAUUGGUUAUUAAUAAUGUUUCAGCAUUUUUUCAGGAUUGUGCCUGAAAGAAUUAGAAAGAAUGGAAGAUAAUUUUAUCUAUGCAACCAAAGGAUAUUUCUUUUUUUUUUUUUUCAUUGUUUGUGUUUAAAUUUGAUGUAUUCCUAGGCUUUUUUGCACAUUUCAGCAAACCCUAAAAUCCCUUGGCCUGUUGAGUAUUAGACUUGGCAUUCAGGCUAUUAUCGUAUGUGAAUUCCCAAUUUGUGACAUCUGUAUAAAGUCAGUCCCCAGCAGUUUUGGUUGGUGAUUUUCCUUCCCAAUGUCCCUCUUCCCUAGUUAUGGUGUUCCCUGUUUCUAAAAGCAGGGGGUGUCACAUGUGGGCUAAAACUAUAGUCUUAAGGGGAAUUUUGGGAUAACUACUUUCAUGUUUAAGGGAGAACAUUGUUGGGGGAGGGGGCAUAAAAACACUGGUACUCACUGACCUCUAAUGCCAUUCGACUGGUGCUGGUUCCUGUUGCCAAAUGCUUCCUGCUCAACAUCAUAAAACAUAGGAAAUGCCUGCUCAGUCUGUCAUUUGCCACAGCAGAGGCCAGCCUUGGCCAGUCAUUGGAAGGCAUUUCAACACUGGACAGAAUGGCAGGGGAUUGAUGGCCAAUGAGUACCAAGGUUUUAUUCCCCCCACCAUGAUCACUUUUAAAUGUAAAAAAAAAAACUUGGACGGCCGAACCCCAAUUCUGAGAUAAUGACUUGGAGGGUUUUAGAAAUUAAAUCUUCAAGUGAGCCCAAGUUAUCCAUGUGCAAACGUUACUAUCAUUUUUACAAUCUUUUAUUUGGAUGUGUCAUAAGUUUAGAUCACAGCAGGUGUCAGUCCUGAGACUCGCAACGAUUGCUAGUUAUAGCAGGAUGUUGGUCGGCCAAUCUGACUGAUGUGCUUAAUUGUAGUCUAUGGAAUGCAUCAGUUGGAUCGGCGUCCAGCCAGUAAGCAAAGGGGUAACCAGUCUAUAACUAAUCAGAGGGGGGUCUGUGAGACACAAUAAAAGUUAAUUUUAAUGAUUGUAACGCUUUAACUGUUUAUUGGCCUAAAAAGUAAACCUGUCAUGUUGAACAUGCUAUUUCAUCUGUGGGUCAGUUUGUUUCAAUAUAUAUUAUUAUUUAGUUUAAAACAGAGCUUUGACAUGGGAAUCAAAGCUCUGGAGCUUUGACAUUGGAGUCUAGGAUGCAUUGUCUCUGGCUUCCCCGUACCCAGUUUGACUUGAUUGACAGGUCUCUCACUGUACACUAAGCCAAGACAUGUUAAAGAAGAACUCUAGCAAAAAUUAACUUAUCCCCUAUCCACUGGAGCUGAUUGCUGGAUGGGACCCUGGGUCUUUCAGUGGGGAACAUGUGCCAUCUACUAGUAGACGGCACACUCACCAUUCAUUUCUAUGGAAGAGCCACGCCCUAGUGUGUCUUUUUGGCGCUCCCAUAGAAAUAAAUGGAGCGUGUGCCAUUUGCAGUCCCGGGUCCCGUCCCAGAGAUUGUGGGGCUUGCAGUGGUUGGACCCCCACAAUCAGCUACAUAUCCCAUAUCCUGUAGACAGGGGAUAAAUACAUUUUUGCCGAAGUACUUCUUUUGAUCAAGCUGAGAUGGGCAAGUCGGAGAAGCUGGGGUUUGGACACCAUAAGUAUACCGUCUGACUCUCUUCAAAGUCAACCUGUCAGGUUAUUUAUUCAGUAUAUCAUAGAAAGAAAAGCUGAGCUUUGUAAUAUAUUGUUUUAUAUGAUCUGUAGUAGGAGUCAUUCUUACCCUCCCCCACACAGAAUGAUUGACAGCCUUUUUACACACACUGACACAGGGAAGGCCAUCAAUUACUGUGUUGGGUAAGCAGGACUCUCAAUAUGUCACUCCAGAGUCCUGUCAUAACCACAUUAUUUUUUAAUUUUGAAAUCCUGCUCAAAGUAAUAUAAAACUAUAUAUCUCAGAACUGUCCCCGCGCUACCUGCAUAUCAGACAGCAUGUAUCACAUAAUAGGUUUUCUUUAAAAGGAUGGGUAAAGAUAUUUAUCAUUCAGAAUUGUUAGUCCCAAUUUUCCAUCAUAAGUAUAAUUACCUAUUUUAUGAUUUAUAGGAUGCUUUACAUAGCCACAUGUUCCAGCACAUUUAUUUGCCUUGCAUUAUAGAACAUUCAGGGGGCCUAUUUUUGUAUUUGAGAAUGAAAGGGAAACUUUGAGGAAAGUUUAUAGAACCAAGCCCCUGAAUACUAAUGUUUUUACUAUUGUUUUAUGCAUAAUACACAAUCUAACCACUACUAGUUUUAUUUGGUUACUUGCAGAUCACAGUAAAAUUGCGCUACUACCAUGUCUUGCAUGAAAUUGUAAUGUUUGUUUAUUGGGGGCAAGAAUUGGGACAUGGAAUCAUGUGAUCAACACAAAUCGCAUGCAACUUUUAUCUUGGUUUUAACAUCAGUCACAGUAAAGGCCUGUUCACACUGAGAAUUUUCACCAUGCAGCAGCCUCCCAUUGCUGUUAAUGGGAUUCUGCAGUGGGAUUUCUGCUGCAGAAUUUUCUCUGCAGAAUUUCCUGCUAAAUAAUAAACGUAUUCAUUCUUUUGGUGGAACUCUGUGCAGCCUUCAUUGCCUUCACUGGUGACAUGCACAGGUCCGUGCUGCAGUAAGAAUUUCUGUCCAAAAUGUGUCCAGGUGAAAAUUCUUAUUGUGAACAUACAAUAAUGCUAUGUUCAGAUGAUGGAAUUUCUGUGCGUAAAUUCCGCAUAAGGAUUCCUCAUGGACAUUCCGCAGCAGCAGAGUCCAUUUGAUUUCAAUGGGUUUCUGCUGCGCCGGAUUCCGGAGUCCGCAGAAAGAAUAGACAUGUCAAUUCUUUCUGUGGAGUCUGUACAGAAGUGCAUUGCUGUCUAUGAGACGGCGUAUUUCUGAGCAGUUUUAGCUCCUCUGUCAGUGGAAUGUCUGCAUGGAAAUAUUCUGUGUGGACAUUCCAUCGUCUGAACAUAGCCUAACAGUGUGACUCUAGAUUGGCUAGGGCUCCACAGCAACAUUUGGUUGUUCGUUAUCACUGUAAAAUUGCAGCAUUACCACAACAUUUACACAACUGUAAUGUUUUGCUAUAUUAGGGAGAAUCACACGACAAAUACAGAAAUUUCAAAUAAUUGCAGAGCAAUACGAAUUGCAUGCAACUUUUUCUUAUUUAGUCAUAUGUCUGACCCAGUAACAUUGUGAUUUUAAAGUGACUUGUGGGUGGCCAAAUUUUGCCCUGGAGACCUAACCUGAAAAUGUCUAAUUUCUAUUUGCAUAUCCAAGACAAGACAGACAGAAAAUAAAACUUGACCAUGCAUGGUAUUGGAAGAUUCCCAAAAUAUCAACCACUAUGAAAAAAACAGCACUAAAAGUACUUUGUUUAGCACUGCAAAAUAUUUUAGUGGCAAUAGAAAAAUGUCUUGACCAUUAUAGCUACAAUAUAAAAUGUGGUUUUAAUUGUUCAGUUUUUUUGUUUCCUGCAUUUUGUCCUGUUUUAUUAUGUCUUAAUUUCUCAUAAAAAGUCUAAACAGUA